AUGACCGCUCAGGCUACUAUCUCGAACAUGGGCCGUGUUGGCCUUCAUGCGGCCAACCCUAUUUUGCGACACCCCUACUUUCAACCCCGCGCAUCGACUCCGUCGUCUUUCAUGCGUUCGUUCUCAACUUCUUCUGGUAUUCUGUCUUCUCGUGGUAUCUCACCUCUCGGUCCAUUUUCUGUCCAGCGCAGAGCCUUCGGCAGCUCCAAUGGCAUCUCCCGCAACCAGCUCGCAACGUUGGAGGAAUCCGCCAACCGAAACCCUGGUAAUGCGAACGCGCAGAAUGCUUUUUACCAGCUUCUCCUCCGAGCCAACAUGCCUGCUAUUCUUGUGGAACGAUAUCAAUCUGGACGCUUCGCCACCAGCCCUGCUACCAAUGACGCCUACCAGCGAGCCCUCGCUAUGCUUGGUGCUAGUGCUACUCAAGCUGCGAAUGCGCCUGGAGCUACGAACGGAAAUUUUGGACGCACUCAAUGGCCCACUUAUGAGCAAGGCAUCGCUAACGCUGCUGUGACUGGAGCUGCAAAUGCUGGCAAUCCCAUGGGUCACAAGGGAGAACCCAUCCAUGUCAUCGUUCAGGAGUCAACCCGGUCUACUAUCUUCCGUUGGGUCAAGUUUUUGGCAAUCUUCAUCGUCACCACCUAUCUGUGUUUUGCACUUGUUACUAUUGCUAUUGAGGCGUUCAGCACUUUCCGUCGUGGAGGUCCGAGCAGCAAACAGGAUUCUGAGGUCAAGGCUGAGAAGCAAAACACCCGGUUCCAAGAUGUCCACGGUUGCGAUGAAGCCAAGGAAGAACUCCAGGAAGUCGUCGAAUUUUUGAAGAACCCUGAGAAGUUUAGCGACCUCGGUGCCAAGCUUCCCAAGGGUGUCCUCCUGGUUGGUCCUCCCGGUACCGGUAAGACGCUUCUUGCUCGAGCCGUUGCCGGUGAAGCCGGUGUUCCUUUCUUCUACAUGUCUGGUAGUGAGUUUGACGAGAUCUUUGUUGGCGUUGGUGCCAAGCGAGUCCGUGAGCUCUUCACUGCCGCCAAGAACAAGUCCCCUGCCAUUGUCUUUAUCGACGAGCUUGAUGCUAUUGGAGGCAAGCGCAACCCUAGAGACCAAGCACACGCCAAACAGACACUGAACCAGCUGCUUACCGAAUUGGACGGAUUUGAUCAAGAUAGCAAGAUCAUUAUCAUCGGAGCCACCAACUUGCCCAAGAUGUUGGACAAGGCCCUCACUCGUCCAGGACGCUUCGAUCGACAUGUCAAUGUUGACUUGCCCGAUGUUAGAGGCCGAAUCGCCAUUCUCAAGCACCACGCCAAGAAGAUCAAAGUUUCCCCCGAUGUCGACCUCGAGGCUAUUGCUGCUCGAUGCCCCGGUCAAUCAGGUGCCGAGCUGGAGAACAUGCUCAACGUUGCUGCUCUUCGAGCCAGUCGAGCCAAGGCCAGCUUUGUUUCAAAGCAGGAUAUGGAGUGGGCAUACGACCGAGUCACAAUGGGUUCUGAACGCAAGUCAAUGGUAAUCACCGAGAAAGAGAAGGAAAUGACGGCUUAUCAUGAGGCCGGCCACGCGCUUGUCCAGCUUUUCGACAAGGAGAGCUCAAACACUCUUUACAAGGUCACAAUUCUUCCCAAGGGACCCUCAUUGGGCCACACUGCCCAGCUUCCCCAAAUGGACAAGUAUUCCUACACAGCUGCAGAAUAUAUGUCAAACAUUCGUGUGGCACUUGGAGGCAAGAUGGCUGAGGAACUUCGAUACGGCGGCGACAAAGUAACCUCGGGUGUUUCAUCGGAUCUCGAGAGGGCCACUGACCUGGGCUUCAUGAUGGUGACCCUUUUCGGCAUGUCCGCCACACUAGGACCCGUUGAAUACGGCCGAAGAUACGAUAAUCUCAGCUCUGAAACAAAGGCCGCAAUCGAAGGCGAAGUCCGAAAAACCAUAGGAAAGUCGUAUGAGGAUGUGCGAAAACUAUUGACUGAAAAGCGAAGUGAGUUGGACUUACUAGCCAAGGCUCUUGUGCAGUACGAGACCCUGGACAAGUCCGAGGUGGAGAAGGUGAUUCGAGGCGAGAGUCUUCCUGGACGUAUCACUGCACCCAAGGGGCCUAUGAGACUGCCUAUUCCUCAACAAGCUCCAACACCACCAGGUCUCGGUGGUGUUCAUCAGCCUCAACCCCCAGAGACACCUGCGCCGCCAGCAGCGGCGGCAGACACAUCUAGAACUGACGGUUGA